GCCCAGAGGAGGCUUCUCCUUCUCCUCCUUCUCCUUCUUCUUGGGGCAAGUUGAGGCUGGAUUCUUCCCAAAAUGAGGAAGGAAAGCAAAAGAGGGGCAGCCUGGCUGCUGCCAUCGAGAAAGGUGGAGUGCAGCCAUAUCAGGUGCUGACACGAUGACCUCGAGCGCCAUCACCGAUGUGAGCAUCAAGUGUAAAACCAGUGUUUGCAAAACAACUGAGAGGGUCCAGUCUGAAAGUCUAAAUAAUAGAGCUACAAGGACAACGUUCCAGUGUGGCCCUUCAAAAGGGAAGUGCUUGGACAGAGUUGCUAUCAAGCUAGUGGCUAAAGAAGAGACAUCUGCUGUGGUAAAGAGCACAUUGAAAGCACUGGAGAACUUGAUGUGGGAAGCAAAACUGGACUGCUUUCAGCAGAACAUGCUUAGUCCCAAGAUGAUCAUUAGUGACCCAUCUGUAAAUCUCAGUAUCCGGGAAAGUGGCAGGAUUAUCACAAAGCACGUGGGAGACACUCAGAACCUAAGGGCUAUUGGAAAAGUCAGCUUAAAAAAUAAGCCUUUGAGUAUCAAGGAGAAGAUCUCAGAGUGGGAAGGGAAGAAGGAAGUUUUGUCUCCCAUAUCUGCUUGGAAGGAGGAAGACCAAGGAGUUAAAGAGGACCUCUGCUCAUUUUUGGGUGUUGUAGAGAAGAUGACCAGGGAGACUGCAGCAACAAGGGAAGAGGGCACCAAAAGGCUUAUAAACAGGCAUCUGGAAUGUAAGAGGGCAAGCAAGGAGAAUGAAAGAAGACUUAAGAGUCUAAAAAACAUUGGACAGCAUACAGAGGGAAAGACAGAUGGGAAGUUAAGUGAGGAGGAGCUCAAUUCUAAUACUGGGAGGAGUAUUGAGUUGAAGAACGGUAAGAAGGAUAUCCAAAAAGAGAACUUAUCUGUCCUGAGUCAGGUGAAAAAGCUGGAGCAGGCCUUGAAGGGAGGCUCAGCUGAACUACAGCCACAAUUGCCAGGUACUUAUUACUCUCCACAUUGUCUGCAAGAGAAAACAGAUGAUGAUCAAAACCCCUCUGAAGGCCAGGAGAGUGCGAACUGGCCAGACCUUGGUAAGCGGCUCCUUGGCUUGGACUGUGAAGCCCCUGAGCCAAUUUUUGGGACUCUGGAAGAGGUAAAAGCAUCUCAUUUGAAGUGCAAAGCCAGCAAUGAGGAAAAUGUCUAUACAGAGCCAGGGUUGCCUGAAAAGAAACCCUUUAUCAAUCCACUCCCCAAACCUCGGAGGACUUUCAAACAUGAGGGCGAGGAAGGAUGGGUCCCACCACCUAGAAAUAAGAGGAACCUGCCCCCUCUCCCCUCUAUUCCACCCCCUCCUCUCCCCUCUUCACCACCCCCUUCCGCCGUCAGCAGAAGACUGAGAAAUGGAAAGCAUAAGACUAGUGCAGAUCACAGGAAGUCAUAUGAGUUUGAGGACUUGUUGCAAUCCUCUUCUGAGAAUGGCCGGGUGGACUGGUAUGCUCAGACAAAAUUGGCUUUAACACGCACUUUAUCAGAGGAAAAUGUCUAUGAAGAUAUUCUAGAUCCACCAGCAAAAGAGAAUCCAUAUGAGGAUAUUGAGACAAACAGUCGUUGUUUGGGGAAAAAAUGUGUUCUGAACUUUCCAGCAUCUCCUUCGUCCUCUGUCCCUGGCACACCCACAAAGCUGCUGUCCAAGCCCAUCUUUUUUCGGCAAAACUCAGAGCGGCGGAGUUUCAAGUUACUAGAUAUACGGAAAUCAAAUCGGGAUGGGACAUGUUCUCCUUCCAAAAUUAGUCCCCCUUCCACUCCCAGCAGCCCUGAUGAUACUUUCUUUUCUUUGAGUGAUCCUCAAAAUGGCAAGAGGAGAAAAAAAAUUCCUAAGCAGCUGGUGUUAAAAAUCAAUGCUGUUUAUGAGGCACGGAGAGGGAAGAAACGAGUCAAGAGGUUAUCUCAGUCCACAGAGAGCAGCUCAGGAAGAGUAACAGAUGAGAACAGUGAAUCAGACAGUGACACUGAAGAAAAGCUGAAAGCUCACAGCCAACGCUUGGUUCAUGUGAAGUCUCGCCUGAAGCAAGCCCCCAGAUAUCAAACUUUGGAGCGGGAUCUGAUUGAGUACCAAGAGAGGCAGCUGUUUGAAUACUUUGUGGUGGUGUCAUUGCACAAGAAACAGGCUUGUGCUCCAUAUGUCCCUGAAGUCACUCAGCAGUUUCCUUUAAAGCUUGAACGUUCUUUCAAAUUCAUGAGGGAGGCAGAAGACCAGCUUAAAGCCAUUCCUCAGUUUUGUUUCCCUGAUGCAAAAGACUGGACCCCUGUGUGCCAAUUUACCAGUGAGACUUUCUCCUUUGUCUUGACUAGUGAAGAUGGUAGCCGGAGGUUUGGAUACUGCAGAAGACUACUGCCCAGUGGGAAAGGGAAACGUCUCCCUGAAGUUUACUGUAUUGUGAGCCGCCUGGGAUGUUUCAACCUCUUUUCUAAGAUUUUGGAUGAAGUUGAGAAAAGGCGUGGCAUUUCCCCUGCCUUGGUGCAGCCCCUUAUGAGGAGUGUCAUGGAGGCUCCAUUUCCAGCUUUGGGGCGGACCAUCACUAUCAAGAACUUCCUACCUGGCUCUGGGACAGAAAUAAUAGAGUUGCGUCGACCACUUGAUUCAAGGCUAGAACAUGUGGAUUUUGAGUCCCUGUUCUCUUCACUCAGUAUCCGACACUUAAGUAGAGUCUUUGCUUCCCUGCUGUUGGAGAGAAGAGUAAUAUUUGUAGCAGACAAACUCAGCACCUUGUCAAAAUGCUGUCAUGCCAUGGUGGCACUUCUUUACCCCUUUACCUGGCAACACACCUACAUUCCUGUGCUUCCCCCUUCAAUGAUUGACAUUGUGUGUUCACCAACCCCAUUUCUGAUUGGGCUGCUCUCCAGUUCACUCUCCCGCCUUAAGGAACUACCAGUGGAAGAGGUGAGACCAGAGUACUGCACUAAUGGACAGUGUUGGACCCAUGAUAGGCACAGUUUUGUAUCUGGAAGCACCAUUAAGUCAUCAUGAUAGGCAACUGGCCCAGGGCAACUAGCGAGCUCCAUGUUAAGAGUGCAAUGAAUCUGCUCUGGGCUUUAUUCCAGACCUUAGAGCAACUAUCCAAGAUGCUGAACCAAUUUUGAGGAUAACAAGGGAAAGCUGCUUCAGUAUUUGGGAAACAACUCAGAGCAGAUACAUGGUAACCCUAACAUGGAAGCCACCCUACCAGAGGGGGCAUCUGUAUUAUAUCAAGUAUCUUAAGAAGCUGAAUUCAACCAGAUCCUAUUCCAGCUUUCUGACCGCUUGAUGGUUAAAUCAAACAAACUACAUGCACAGGAGUAUAUUUCCAGUGCUGGUUGGUAGCUUUCAUGACAGUGAAAUGAUGAAUUAACUCAGAAAUUAAUAUACACUUUAAAAGGGUUAUCCAAGGGGCUAAACCCUAUCACCAAAAUGUCCAGGACUAUUUGACAAUUUUCUUAAUGUUUUGAAUAAAACCUGGAGCAGAUUCAUAUUCCCACUGACAUGAAAACUUCCCUACUACCUGCAAGAAA